AUCCUGUCCUGAUCAAUCUCGGGUUGCGUGAGCCGAGACGACUCGUCUAGUCCUUUUAGUCGGAGACAACGAAGCGACAGGAAUAAAGGCGGGCUUCCCUAGAAAAACGGCAUAGAGGGAUCGGAAGCUCCGUGCACCGUUCUGUAGGAUCCGCGCACACGUCCGUCUCGCCGUCCCGUCCAAUUGCCGACGCAGCAAAUUCUGGAGAAAUUCAGGCUGAAUCCGAGUUUCGCCAGAGUCGACGACGUUCCGUUCGACGCAACUUUCUGCGCUUUCCUCUUCGCUUUCCUCUUCGCUUUCCUCUUCGCUUUCCUUUCUCCUGACGGAGAGCACGGGGGGAGCCGACCACUGCCUUCGCCAGUGAGGCGAUGCGAGCACCCUAAGGCGUUCAGACGCCAGAAUCCCAGUCCUGGUGGCUCAGUGGAGGGAGGCUCCUUCAGACAGAAUGCAUGGUGCACGGCAGGGCAUGCGAUUACAAGGCGUAGUGUCAGAAGGGUCGACUAGGUACCGUCCGUCCCACGGAGCACGCAGGGAGCCGACCACUGCCGGAACCUCAGUCCUGGUGGCUCCUUCAUACAGAAUGCAUGGUGCACGGCAGGGCAUGAGAUUACAAGGCGUAGGGUCAGAAGGGUCGACUAGGUACCGUCCGUCCCACGGAGCACGCGGGGAGCCGACCACUGCCUUCGCCAGUGGGGCGAUGCGAGCACCCUUAUGGCGUUCGGACGCCAGAUUUCCAGUCCUGGUGGCUCAGCGGAGGGAGUCUCUUUCAGACAGAUUCCACGGCGCAGGGCAGGGCAUGAGACUGAAGGGCGGAGGCCAAUACAGAAGAGCUGGUGCCGUGGGGCGGGUUACCACCUGUUCUAUUCGCACCCCUACCAGUCACCGCAUACCAUCUCGCAUACGCCUAGGCAGCUUCCGAGCACCCGGGAUUCAGUUCCCACAUGCCCUCAAGAUUGGAAUCAACUCCGGAACGCCAUCUGUCAUCGGAUUCCUCAACUGCGGAUCGUCCGGUGCAAAACUCACAGUCAAAGCUACUGUAUCCGAGCUUCUUCCACUUGGCUCUCCCUCACCUGAGCGCACUCUGCUUCACCUUCCUCUGCUUCACCUUCCUCUGCUUCCCCCUUCCAUCCGAAUCGCCGUUCGCCACGUCAGCGCCGCUCUUCUCCCUGUCAGCACCCUCCUGCAGCGCCUAUUCAGAGCCCUGGUGCUGGCUGCUCUGCUCAUUAUAGGGGCUGCAGCCGUAGGGGAAAGGGUCACACCAGCAGCAGUAGCAGCUACAGCUGAAUCUUCCGCUACAGCUAUGGCUACAGCUACAGAUGAGACCAUUCAAGCGGGGGGCUUGAGAAACAAGAGGAGCAGGAGGGUCAAGGCGAAUGCCUUCGUUCGGCUUGCAGCCAAUCGUGUUGCGCCAGCUGUCGUGCAGCUAGAGGUGGAAAGGCAGCUUCCCCGGAGCACAGCUGCGCAGCAGGCGGUGAGCAUGGGGGAGAGCAGUGAAGAAGGGGAUGACGCCACGGGCCACAGUGCAGAAGAAGACGAACGGGAUGGCUGCAAUGGGAAUGACGUCUCGUUUCUGGCGAGAAUUGGGCCUCUGCCUGUGAGCGGGUCACAGGCGGCGGGCAGUGAAGCACCCAACAUGCCGCGCUUGGUAUCCUCCUGGCCGCACAAGCCUCGAGUGGGAGUGUGGCUGCGGAGACUGAGGGAGAGGGGGAGACAUGAGGCCAAGACAAAGGCACCGGAAGUAUACACAGAAACCAUGGCAGUGGGUUUAUCAUCAGCAGCACCAAGCGCCUGGUCCUCACCAACGCGCAUGUGGUGGACGGGGCAGCUAGAGUGACGCUUCUUCUUCCUGACGGCCAGCGCUUCGCCACGGAGUUGUUGGUCCUCAAUCCUUCUGCUGACCUGGCAGUCCUCAAGGUGACUCACAGACUGCCCGCCAAGAAACCAAGUGCCGCCCCUCCUUCCAGCUUGCAAGGGAUUAGUGAGCCAGCUUUAGCAGGAAUGUCGAUGGAAAUCAGACUGGUGACAGGCACUCAAGGGAGAGUUGGAGCUACGAUGUCCGGGGAAGGUUGUAGACGAGAGGAAUCAAGAGCGGUUGGAACAGGGGUCAGAAGCAUAUCAGCUGAGUACGAGGAUGCAGUGGAUCGUUGCAGUACUAGCAAUGAUUGCGGUGAUGGUUGGAGUUCUGGUGCGGGCAACAUGGGAGUGAGGGAGGAAGAAGAGACGGUAGUCGGGCAAAUGAGAGCAGGAGGUGGAUCAGGGGUGGUUGGAGGAGAUGAAGAGAGAGAGGUGGACAGAGGAGGAGAGAGGAGAGGGGAGAGGAGCGAGACAGUAGAAGUGAGAGGAUUCAGGAAAGGGGAAGGGAGAGGAGAGGUAGAGGAGGGAGGAGGGGACACCAGGGAAGAGGACUGGCUCCCCUGUGCGCCCAUUGGUGACAGUGAUGACGUGGAGCUCGCUGAUUGGGUGAUCUCGGUGGGCAAUCCUGUGGGGUUGCCUGGCAGCAUCAGUCUCGGCAUUGUCAGCAGCCUGCACCGCACUGGCGCUCAGGUGGGAGUGCCGCACUCCACCCUCCAUUUCUUCCAGACCGACUGUGCCAUCAACCCUGGCAGCUCUGGGAGUCCUCUUGUGAACGAAUUCGGAGAGGUGAUUGGCAUCACAACAGCCAUUCGGUCGGAUGCUGAAGGGGUAGCCUUCGCCAUUCCCAUUAACCAUGCCAUUCGGGAGCUCAGGUUGCUUGGUUUUCAAUUAUAGCCAAGAAACACAGGCACCGUUUCCAGCAAUUAAUUUGGGAAUUGUGUGAGGUUGAUGUCUCAGGGAAUUGUCUUCAGUACUGUUGGGCUGAGAAAAGCCCUUAGGAUCUUUUGCAGAGACUAAGUCCCAGCUGUUUGAGACUUGGAGUAGUGCAGCGGAAGUUGAGGCAGUUGAACCCUUGUACUAGUUCCGCAGGAGGACUGUAUACGCCAGUAGCGACUGAUACGUGAAGAUCUCUUGUUCUUUUCCAGUGCCGUUGCUUGGGAAUGGCAGGGACCCGUUGAAGUAUCCCAGAAGAUGCGCGGCCUCCAUCAGCAGCUCGAACUCGAAGCUCCAGGAUCUUUUGCAGAGACUAAGUCCCAGCUGUUUGAGACUUGGAGUAGUGCAGCGGAAGUUGAGGCAGUUGAACCCUUGUACUAGUAUGUGAGAACAAGUGAUUGAUUAAAGAAACAAGCAUACA